UCCUAUAGUUAAUAAACUAGACUGCAAAUAAAAUUUCCCACUAAAACCGUUGAGUCUUUCACCACCUAGCUGUUGCUAGCUGUCUUUAACUCUAAUCCUCUUCCCCCAUGUGACCCACCUCUCUGUCUCCCAAAAAACCUCUCUCAACACCAAGCAUAUUCAUACAUUAACAUUAACAUUAUACCCCCCUUCAAAAUCUAAGCAAACAUAAAAUAGUGGGAAUAUAACCUUUAGCUUAGCUUAGCUUAUAGUAUUAUUGUAUGGAGCAUCAGCAUACGAAUAUGAAUAAAAACACCCACACUACCCAUCAUCAUGAGUUUGUGCAUAUGACACAAUAAUCCCCAUUGCCUCAUCAUCAUCAUCAUCCCUUUAAUAUCUCUUUCUCUCUCUCUCUUCACUCUCUCCCACACACACACACCCACAAAGAUACAUAACUGGUUUUUGAGAGCCCCAAGAACUAACAAGAUUUGCGGUUGUGUUGAGUACUAGUCGUGUUAUUAAUUAGUUAGUUAGGUUUGUUGGGAUCAUUGUUCUUUCUCUUUCCAUUUUCCCAACAGACUAACACACAAACACAAACACAAACAAACUCCAUUGACACGUUAACACAAACACCUAGAAGCUAAGCUAAACACAUAUAACAGUAUACAUACAGAAAAACAGUCAAAUGGCACAGUUGCCUCCUAAAAUACCAAUAAUACCCCAGAAUUGGACGCCUUUUCACCUCCAAAGGGCACCACAACCACUAUCAAAUUCCACAAUGUCAAGUUUCAUCCCAAAUUCAAAUGCAACGGCAACGUCUAAUAACAAUUCUGCAUCUUCAGUUCAACCACAGCAAUUGUUGUCGUCAUCGACAACGUCUUGGGUUGACGAGUUCCUCGACUUCUCGUCAUCGCGGCGGGGCGCGCACCGCCGCUCCGCAAGCGACUCCGUGGCGAUGCAGCAUCCGCCGCCGCUGUCGUCCGCAUCCGAUCCGUCAUCGCCGUCGUCGGACCAGACGAGUAACAACGAUGAGAAGCCAGCGGCAAUGGCGCUGGACAUUGCACCACCAUUAUUAAUGCACGAACAUAACGAUAAUCACGUGAUGAAGCUUAAGAAUGAAGCGGUUGAGGAGGAAAGCUUCGGCAAAAAUGAGGAGGGGGCGGCCCCGUCCUCCUCUGCCACCGGCACCAUUGAAACCAUCGUUGAUCCAAAGAGAGUCAAAAGAAUUUUGGCUAAUCGGCAAUCAGCUCAGAGGUCAAGGGUGAGAAAGCUACAAUACAUUUCUGAACUUGAAAGGAGUGUAACAACAUUGCAGACGGAGGUAUCAGCAUUGUCACCAAGGGUAGCAUUUUUGGACCACCAACGUUUGAUUCUUAAUGUCGACAAUAGUGCAUUGAAGCAACGCAUUGCUGCUUUGGCUCAAGACAAGAUUUUCAAAGACGCUCAUCAAGAAGCACUGAAGAAGGAAAUAGAAAGACUUAGACAAAUCUAUCACCAGCAGCAGAACAACAACAACAACAAUAAUGGCCAUUCAUCUCUUCAUACUCCAACCAUGGCAUGUAAUAAUAAUAUUAAUAAUGACAAUAAUAAGGAACAGCUCCUAAGUUGAAGAGAAGAAGAUAGAGACAAAGAAUGGUGCUAGCAGCUAUUAUGGAUGAUGUGUAUCUAACUUGAAACUUUCACGUGAUGUGUUUCUUCUCCCAUCAAUGUUUAUGUGGGCCUGCUGACAUGGUUAUGGAGCUUGGAGGGUAGGAAAUUGACAAGGUGGAUCUUGCUUAAAAUGGAUCAUUGUCCAAGUUUUUUUUUUCUUUUUAGUUUGGGAUUGGUUUGGAAUUUUUAAUAUUUAUUAAUUUCUUAUUUUACAACUUUUUUAUUUAAAACAAGAAUUAUUCUCAAUGAUUUUUUUGGGGGGUGUGGAAUAAUUAAGGGGGACAAAGGAUGGUGGGAUUGUAUUGGGAUGUGCAUGGGAAGGUAUCAGAGAAUUUUUUUUUUUAUUAUUUGGGGAAUUGAAGGGGGUGUCUGUCUUAUUGAUGUACUUUUUUUUUUCCUUGUUUUUUUUCUUUUCUUAGGCCUAAUUAUAUGUUAUUUUACAUUUCCUCUUGUUAUUUUUUUAGUUUUUGGACAAUUUGUACAAAAUGUUAUUGUGUGAAACAUUAAUUAAUUCUCUCCUUUA